AUGAGUGUUCCUCCUGUUGUCGACAAAAAUGUGCUUUCUAUCGUUGAUCUCCAACGUGAGGCAAGCAGAAAACUACCCAAGGUAUACCGCGAGUAUUAUAACGAUGGAGCCACGGACAUGAUUAGUCUGCGUGACAACAUGACUGCCUUCGAUCGGUACAAGAUCCGUCCCCGUGUCCUCGUAAAGAUCCCCGAGAUAGAUACUUCUGCGGAGCUAUUUGGAUCCAAAGUCACCUUUCCGUUGGCCUUUUCUCCAACCGCCUUGCAUAAGCUAGCACAUCCCGAGGGAGAGCUUGCAACAUCACAGGCUGCAGCCAGUAUGGGCAUUGGCAUGGCUCUGUCCUCAUAUUCUUCCACGUCGUUGGAGGAUGUUGCUGCGCAAGGUACGGGCCACAAUCCGUAUGCAAUCCAGCUGGCCAUCCCCAAGGAUCGCAGCAUCGCGGUGCAGAUGGUCAAACGUGCCGAAGCUGCCGGGUACAAGGCAAUUUUCCUUACAGUGGACUGCUCUGUGCUCGGGAUUAGAUAUAACGAGCAUCGAAAUACCUUCGCACUUCCUGAUGGGAUGGCGUAUCCUAAUCUAUCACCAGACCCUUCAAACCCAUUCGGGAUGGGAGAGGAAUUUCCGGAUAUCGAGUACGACACCGAGAUAACAUGGAGCGAUGCAAUCCCAUGGCUCCGCUCAAUUACCAAUAUGAAGAUUUGGGCCAAGGGUAUCUACACCCCAGAGGAUGUCGUUCUAGCUAUCGAACACGGGGUCGACGGCAUCAUUAUUUCAAAUCACGGAGGCCGUCAGCUGGAUGGUGUCCCUGCCACAAUCGACGUUCUCCGUGAAUGCGCGCCGAUCGCGGAAGGGAGAAUUCCGAUCGCAAUCGACGGGGGUAUUCGGCGAGGAUCAGACAUCUUUAAGGCCCUGGCUCUUGGGGCACAACAUUGCUUUGUGGGCCGUGUCCCUCUGUGGGGCUUAGCGUAUAAUGGUAAAGAGGGCGUAGAGCUAGCCAUCCAGAUUCUUCUCACUGAAUUGAAAGUCACAAUGGCUUUAGCUGGGUAA